GAGUAACCCAGCGGGCCGGGCAGCAUGACCGGAGAUAAGGAAUGGCCGCACUGAAACCCUCUUCGUUGUACUCUCUCUCCCGCCUAGGAUGCGAUUGCUGGAGGUGGAGCAGGCCGGGGUUGCCGCGGCGACGGGCCUGGAGGCUGGGCGGCCGAUUGAAGCCUGCAGGCCCAGGACCCACGUGAUGUUCCUCAAGACCCACAAGACGGCGGGCAGCACCAUCCUCAACAUCCUGUACCGCUUCGGCGAGGCCCGCAACCUGACCUUCGCCCUGCCAGCCGCCUACCAGUUUGGCUACCCGCUCCUCUUCAACACCCGGAGGGUCAAAUUCUACACCUCGCUCAAACCGCAGGAGUACCACAUCAUCUGCAACCACAUGCGCUUCUUCCGGCCGCAGGUUGAGAAGAUCAUGGCCAAGGGGACCUUUUACUUCUCGAUCCUACGCAACCCGGUAACCUUGGUGGAAUCAUCCUUCACCUACUUCAAAGGCUCGAGCCUGGCCUUCAAGAAGGUGGAUUCGCUGGAGCAGUUCCUCAGCCAGCCCUGGCGGUACUUCUCGCCCAAGGAGCGGGGGAGCCACUACGCCCGCAACCUGAUGUGGUUCGACUUUGGCUUCGACCACAACGCCAACGCCUCGGCGGGCUACAUGGACCUGGCGUUGGCCGAGAUCGAGGCCACCUUCCAGCUGGUGCUGAUCGCCGAAUACUUCGACGAGUCCAUGGUCCUGCUGAAGGAGGCGCUGUGCUGGGGGCUGGAGGACGUGGUCUCCUUCAAGCUGAACCUGCGCAACAACGCCUCGGUCAAGCCCAUGUCGGAGGGGGCGGCCCAACAGAUCCGGGCGUGGAACGCCCUGGACUGGGAGCUCUACGCCCACUUCAACCGGACCUUCUGGCGGAAGGUUGAGCGCUACGGGCGGGAGAGGAUGGGGGCAGACGUGCUGGCCCUGCGCGAGAAGCGGAGGGAGCUCACGGUCCUCUGCCUCCAGGGCAGCAGCCCCGUGGACGCCAGCCAGAUCCACGAUCGCAACAUCAGGCCCUUCCAGUACGGCCGGGCCCGCAUUAUGGGCUACAACCUCAACUCUAACCUCGACGGCCGCACCAGGGAGAGAUGUCUGCGUCUGGUGAUGCCAGAACUACAAUACAAGGACCUCUUAGAUGCCAAACUCUUCCCCUCCGCCCACAGUGGGAAAGUCCUUCUGCAUGUGUGAAGAAACCACUUCAAUCCCCAAUCUUUCCAAGAACUACCCCCCCCACCCCUCGAAUUAUUUAUAACUGCAUCGAAGUCUUGACCACUAGUAUCGUUGUCGGAGGUCCCAACAUCCCAGACCAUCUGGUGGUGAGAUCCAUUGUGUUGUUGCCCCCUCCCGGAGGGGAGGAAGGCGCCUGGACUAUUUUCCUCGGACUGUGGAAGGAAUGGAAAUGGGAUCGUCUUCAGCCGACGGGGUUUGGGGAAAAGCCACUGUGGACUCCAUGGGUCAUCGGGGCCCUGUGGUUAUUGGGAAAGCAGAACCUGCAAGGAAGGUUAGGGACCCUCACCCCAUGUGUUGGAGGCUGGUUGUUUAGCUACCCUGCCUGUGGCUAAUGAAGGGGAGGGGGGGCAUAGCAAGUGCCAGCUAUUACCCUCUCCCUCUCUCCCUCAUUCUCUCCCUCCUUCUCUCCCUCCUUCUCUCCCUCCUUCUCUCCCUCCCUCCCCCCUUCUCUC